AUGCGUAUCUACCUUAACUUCUUUAUAUUGGAUCGUCUAAGGCUAUUAUUAUUACGUUUUCGCAUCUAUCUGGAUGAAAGGGCAAUAAAACGUUUUCCACCAUUACUCGCUCCAGGUGAGGAUUUUCAUUGCGAUAAAACGGGCGAUAUGCUGUGGUACUUCAUGUUCUAGUAAGAGUUGCGUUUUCUACUUAAGUUUUUGCAAGAGGCAAAGAGUUGAUACUCUAACGAACUACGUUUUGUGAUGCAAUGAAAUUUUGCAUCAUGAAAAAACUUAAAAUAAACGGUUCUGUCAGAAUCGCAAAGCAUUCCAAAACCGAAGAGUUUGCAAAAAAAUUUCCAGAUAUUAAACAAGGUAUUAUUGGAAACUGAAAAAGAUUAUUCAGAUACCCUUCCCGUUUUCACCGAAAAUUUUAGGUUCCAAAAGACUUUCUCACAAUACUCCUUCGGUUUCGGAAGACACC